GUCAGCGCUGUGUGAGCGAGACGGUCGAGAGAGAGAGAGAGAGAGAGAGAGAGAGAGAGAGAGAGAGAGAGAGAGAGAGCGUGGCGUGCGUCUGCACACAGACAGACAAAGACGGCGGACCGGAGGAACGGGAGAAAGCGCUCUAUUCCUCUCAAGCGUUCCACGCGUGAAAACGGCCAGAAAACAAUGAGCAGAGCGGUGCCGAGGCGGGACGCGUGAUUUAAACGCGCGCUGGAGUUUGAUUUUUACCGCGGAUGCUUUUAAAACGAGUCUUUUUCUCCAACGCCCCCCAACAAUUAGCAGCUCCGCUAGCGGUUAGCAUCACCAUCAUCACCCUCAUCCUCCAGAAAACACGAGAUAAGAGCAGCGAGCGGCACGGGAGGACAUAAGAAAGCGCGGUCGGUUGGGUGUCUGAUGUACACGCGGGGAUUACUAUGCCCAGUCCCUUGUUUCAUCCUGACAUCAUGGAUCACGAGAUGGUGGUGAGCAGCAGCAGCCAGUCCAGCGGGGUUGCUCUGCCGCCCGGCCGGGAGACCGAGCACGAGUCCCGGGACGAGGACCAUCAGGAGGCGCUGCGCUUCGCCCUGGAUCAGCUGUCACUCAUGGCGAUGGAGAAGGUCGACUGUCUGGACGGGACCUCAGCCGGUGAGAACUGCAACGGAGGUGGUGGCUACGUCGACCUGCAGAUGCUCGAGCACUCGAACGGCUCGCGGGAAUCGCCCAGCUCGUGCUCGCCCUCCCCGGAGUACUACGGCUCGGGCUCGGGCGGCGGAUACCACAUGGCCAGCCCGCACUCCUCCAUCCUCGGGGAACAAAGCUCGGUGCUCCGCAAGAGAAGUGUCAACAUGACCGAGUGCGUGCCCGUGCCCACAUCAGAGCAUGUGGCGGAGAUUGUCGGCAGACAAGGUUGCAAGAUCAAAGCAUUGCGUGCAAAAACAAACACCUACAUCAAAACCCCCGUGAGAGGAGAAGAUCCCGUGUUCAUCGUGACGGGCCGCCGCGAAGACGUGGAAAUGGCCAAGCGCGAGAUCGUCUCGGCAGCCGAGCACUUCUCCAUGAUACGAGCCUCGCGCUGCAAAGCGGGCGCAAGCGGGCCCGGCACGAGCGGGUCGCUGCCCGGCCCUCCGAACCUCCCGGGACAGACCACCAUCCAGGUGCGCGUUCCCUACAGAGUCGUGGGUCUCGUGGUGGGACCCAAAGGAGCCACGAUCAAACGCAUCCAGCAGCAGACGCACACCUACAUCGUGACGCCGAGCCGAGAGAAAGACCCCGUGUUUGAGGUCACCGGGAUGCCGGAGAACGUCGACCGUGCCCGAGAGGAGAUCGAAACGCACAUCACGUUGCGCACGGGCGCGUUCGUCGACCUCCAGGGCGAUAAUGACUUCCACAGCAACGGGACGGAUGUGAGUUUAGAAGGGCUCGGGUCGCUGGGUUCGGCAGGCGCGCUUUGGUCGCGUGCGACUCAUUCGGCUCCGCCUCCGCCGCCGCCUCCACCACCACCAUCACAUCUUCACCAUUCCACCCGCAAGAUGUCGUUAUCCAACGGCGCAGACUCGUUCUCGGUGACGCGCCGGGCGGCAGACGGCGGAAGCCCCACGAGCCCCUUCAGCACGAGCAGCGCCGGCGGGAGCUUCUCCUUCGCCGGUGAUUCCACUCCAAAUUUGCCAGCGACGACGUCGGAAGAUUUGGGUUUUGAAUUCGCCGCCGCCAACAUCUGGGCUCCGUUCGUGAACGGCGCGAAGCAGCAGCAGCAGCAGCAACCGCCGGUUCGGCGCAACAGCAGCGGGCUCAGCGGCGGAGCCGUAACCCCACGUCUAUCGCCCGACCCUGAUCACCCAUUGGCCCGCCGUGCUCAAAGCGACCCCCUCAGCGCCCUCUCCUGGCUGCAGACGAGCGGUGGCGGCGGGUCGUUCUCGGGUGGCAGCAGCAGCAGCAGCGGUGGAAGCACCACCGGUUACUCGUCCUGCUCGGCUUCCUCGCUCCCGGGUGGCUCGCCAACUGACUCUGAAGGCGGCGGCAGCGGAGUCGGCAUUGCUUCGACCAUGUUGGGUCGCCUGAAAGCUGGCGGCCUGGCUGGAAUGGUGCCUCGAGACUGUUACGUGUGCUGCGAGAGCGAAGUGACGGCUGCGCUGGUCCCAUGCGGGCACAACCUCUUCUGCAUGGACUGCGCCGGGCAGAUCUGUCAGUCGCAAGAGCCCGAGUGUCCCGUGUGCCACACUCCUGCCACGCAGUGCAUCCGGAUCUUCUCCUAAGACUGCCUUCAUAGGAUUGACAGUAAUUAAUAGAUAUGACACUAUUCUGAUUUAUUGACAACAAUAAUAAUAAUAACAAUGAUGACAAUGAAACGAAAAUGACUAUUACCCACUCAAGUACUUGCGUAAUCCUAGCCGUUCGUGUUCAUAUCCAAUGGGUUUUUUCCAUUCAUGCUUCUGACUUUUUCUACUCGCAGAUAUUUUUCGACUUUUACGCUGCACUUUUGUCGAAUGCAUUUGUUUUUAGAGGGUUGCCGCUGCGGUCGUUUUUUAAAUUAUUUUUUAAAGAUCUUGUCGUUUCCGCAUUCUGUUUUUAAAUGCAGUCGACGGCAGCAGCGUAAAACGCAAGACUGCGUUCAUUUAGACCAAAACAUGAGAGAUAUUAAUGUAACACUUAAUAUUUAUACGUAUCUGAUGUACUAGUUGAUGUUGAAUCUGAUAGAAUAGUACAUGUUAUAAAUAUCAUAACCGUGCAUUUUUUUGCCACACUACCUUAAAAAUAACGUUCAUGCUCCUGUGCGUCUUCAUCGUCGAUGUUGGAAUGAACGUGACGUUCGUCCCUAAAACAAUCUACACUCCUGAAACAGGGUCGCUGGUAUUUACAGUUAAACAUGGACGUGUGGAGACUUCAUCUGUUACACUUCUGCGAUGUGAACGGCGCCCUCUAUCAAACCACAUGACUUACAAGAGGUCUUUGUAACUUUACGCGAAUGUUUCUCUUUGUUGUGAGUGUGUGUAUGUGAGAGAGAGUGAGUUGUAGAGCCAUCGCUUUUUGUGCACUGCGACACAUUGAAAUGUUCUUUCGCUGGAGUAAAAGUGUCUUCCGGCCCUCGUAAGAGGUUAAAGCGUUCCCGAUCGCAUCCCGCACUUAGUCCCGCCGUGGUUUGCCUGUGAACGUGAUGAAUCUGUAGCCCCGCUGAAAGGUUUUUACGUGACAAGCCAUGAAUUCACACUCUAAAGGGCUUCCGGUUACACACUACACUUCAGGUCAUCCCGCGUUUUCUAAACGCUAAUAAACAGGAUGUUUGGUCCCGACUGAGUCUGUGUGGCAGCUAAAUCACGCAGGGCUUCCGUACGUUUUAGUGAUAAACGCAAGGGACUUUUCGACAUCUUAAAGAGUGAAAAUGAAAGUGUCUUUUGUUUUAAAUUAUGGUUGGUUUGCAUGAUUUGUACAGGUUUCUUUCUCUAGACGUGUGUAAGAUCACGCAACCCGUUUUUCCUCAUUUGACUCGCUGUUUCCUAUGGAAACUUGUUUCCGCCACGGAAUAAAACAAUUUAAAAUAUAUCUCGCAAUUCUGACUUUUUUCUCGUAAUUGCCAGUUUAUAUUCAACAAUUUUUCUUUUGUCUCGCAAUAAUUUUUUUUCUUGCAAUUCUGACUUUUACUCGCAAUUGCGAGUUUAUAUCUCAGUAGUGUCUUUCCUCAGUAUUGGUGGAUAUAAACUAGCAAUCGCGAGAAGUCAAAAUUGCGAGAACUAUAAAUUCAGAAUUUUUUCUCAAUUGCGAGUUUAUAUCCAGUAAUAAUUUUUCUCGCAAUUCAAAUGUUUUGCUCUCGCAAUUGUACGUUUAUCUCGAUUUUGUCUUUUUUCAGAAUCGCUGGAUAUAAACUCAAUUGCGAGAACUAGAAAUUCUGACUUUUCUCAAAAUUACAAGUUUAUAUCUCGCAAUUGAUUUCAUUCUCACAAUUGCGAGUUUACAUCUCGCAAUUCUUUUUUUUUUUUCUCGCAUCUCGCAAUUCUAACUUUUUCUCGCAAUUGCGAGGUUUACAUCUCUAUUGUCUUCUCGGAAUCGCUGGAUAUAAACUCUCAAUUGCCAGAAAAAAAAAAGGUGAGCUAUAAAUUGACAUUUCUUUUCUCACAAUUGUGAGUUUAUAUCCAGUAAUAAUUCUCGCAAUUCAAAUUUUUUGCUCUCGCAAUUGUAAGUUUAUAUCUCGAUUUUGUCUUUUCAGAAUCGCUGGAUAUAAACUCGCAAUUGCGAGAGAACGUUUUUUUCUGACGUUUUUUUUUCUCUCAAGUGCAAGUUUAAAAUUGUGAGAAUUCUGAGAAUAAGCAGAAUUGCAAGGAAAAAAAAGAAUUGCGACAUAUAAAGUCCAAGUCAGAGGGGAAAAAAGACUGUUUUUGCGAGAUAAAAAGUCACAAUUACCUUUUUUUUUUAUUUUUUUUUAUCCAGUGGCAGAAACAAGCUUCCAUAGUUUCCUUCUUUCUUUGGCGUGUUGAAGAUUAUUAAACAUGAUCGAUAGUGCCAGAAUUCGAGGGCAGUAAACGGUGCCUUGGUGGUGAAACUCGCUGCCGAGAAACGAAGAUUGUGACGAACCUUCUCCGCUCUUCCAGUUUAGUGAAUCGCUUUCGGACGAGCGAUAAUCGUCAGAGUAUUUGUACAGAGAGCCGCGUCGUAUAUCUGAGCCGGUUUUUUCCUUUUCUUUCCCCAGAAUCUGAUUUAGUGUAACUGGUUACAAGGUACAAGAAACUAGCUGAACGUCCUGUAGUUUUUCACUUGUGUGUGUCUGUGACGUGUUUUGGCGAUGAAGGUCAGUGAAGAAUCGGUUAUGAUUUUUUUGGGAUCGACACCACAGACCUGAAGUUGAAUCGUUUCCCUUUGAACAGGGUUCACUGAGGCGAAUCUCAGGCAGUUUUGCAUUGGAAUGAAUUCAGACACUGUUUUUCCCAUGAAUCAUUUUUGCCCUGAACUUGCUCUCCUCUCCUUUUUACGUUCGCUUUAAUCCUUUUUGUACGCAGAACCAAAAGUUAUUUCAAUAACAGACUUUCAGGCCUAAUUGUAAAUAUCCUGAAUACAAUCAUUGGGAUUUGUUUUCAAAAAGUACAACUGAAAAAGGUUAAUGUAGUUUUUAAAACAUGUAUCAUUAUUUGUAAGUUAAACUCUGCAUGUCUUGAAGCCAUGAGGCAUUAGCUAAUAAUUUUCUAAAAAUGAAAAGACAAAAAAAAACUUUUUUACACAUUUUAUUUUUACAAUUUAUUUGCUUACCUUGACAUAAAUAUCCCAGAUUAUAAUGUGACCCUUUUAUUACAGCAAAUUUAUCUUUAUUUUCCAUAUUUCUGUUUUCCUGUGUGCAACAUAUAGGCAAUUUAUAACAAAAUGAGAAAAAAUUAUUGAAGAAAUUUAAAAUUGAAAUAUAUUUUAUUUGAAAGUUUAUGGACCUUUUAACCGUGAGCUGGAACAAUUCUAUACACGUAUAAUUUGAGCUGACUUGACGGUUAUAAGAAAUGUAUCAAGAGUUUUAUUUUUUAUGCUUCUUUAAUAAAAUCUUGUUUUUUUUUGUUUUUGUUUUUGUACUGUAAAACAAUAAACCUUUGUAUCCGUG